UACGUUUGCGUAAGCACAUGUUAGAGCAAAAUAUUGAAAUUAACGAAUAUAUUAAAUAAGUUGUUCAAAAAGAAUAUUAAUCAUGUCAGAAAAAUUCGAAGAAGGCCAAUUUAGCGACGCCGAAGAGGACGAAAUACCUUGCAUACAGAACAAAGUUAAAAAUACAUCCACGUUUGAUAUGUAUUCGCAUGCACCACUCGAGGAAAAAGUAGCCAAUUUGGAUAUCACAUGUGAUAAAGAGACCAAUAUUGAAGAUAGUGACAAUGAUGAUUAUUAUUGUAACAAUGAUUAUGAUUUGUAUGAAGAGAAAGACAAGAAUGCUGUUGUAAAAACGAGUUCACAAAGAUUCAACACUCAAGAAGCACCCACUAAGGUAACAAAUUAUCAACCAAAACAUAAAUUGUUGACUCGCUAUGCGAAUAAGAUUAAUUUAGAGAAGUAUGCGAGUUCAUCAUUACCAAACCAUGUAGCCAAUGUAUUGAUGGAGAAUGACAAACGUGUUGACAAAGAUCGCAUAAGGAUGAAAGAUAAGAGCGAUCACGCGACGACUGAGAAUGUAUUGGAUUCGCGUAUCAAGAAGAAACUGCACAAAUUGUUUGAAAGAGGAGUGUUAGCGGAGAUAAAUGGUUGUAUCUCAACUGGAAAAGAAGCUAAUGUAUAUUAUGCCAAGUCGAAAAACGAAGACGAGAUUGCUAUAAAGAUAUAUAGGACAUCCAUCCUGACAUUUAAAAAUCGGGAAAAGUAUAUUAGGGGAGAGUAUCGUUUUGAUCAUGUAUACUCUUUGCAUAAUCCGCGCAAAAUGGUGAAAAUCUGGGCGGAAAAGGAAUUCUCUAAUUUGAAACGCUUGGAACAAGGUGGUGUCAGAGCGCCACAGCCCAUUUUAUAUGGUGGUCACAUGUUGUUGAUGGAAUUUCUGGGUUCAGACGGCUGGGCGGCGCCUAAACUAAAGGAUGCUACACUUACAGAAUCAAAAGCAAGAAUGUUGUAUAGAGAGUGUAUCGAAAUUAUGUGGAAAAUGUACAAUAAGUGUAGGCUUGUUCACGCUGACUUGAGCGAGUAUAAUAUGUUGUAUCAUAAUGGAUCAGUUGUAGUCAUUGAUGUUUCACAGGCAGUAGAUCGUGAUCAUUGUAAUGCAAUUGAAUUUCUAAGGAACGAUUGUAGCAAUAUUACAGCAUUUUUCAAAAAGCACAAAGUAGGAGUUAUGCCACUUCAAUCACUAUUUGAUUUCAUAACAGACCCAACUAUUAAUGAAAAAAACAUGGAUGAAUAUCUCGAUAUCCGGAUGCAAGAGGCAAAUAAUGAAAAUGAUCCACAGCAGCAAAUAGAAGAGGCAGUUUUUAAGCAAGCUUACAUUCCUCAAAGAUUGACUCAGGUGGUCAAUGUGGAACGUGAUAUAAAUCUUGCCAAAUCUGGACAAGACUUAAUUUACAAGACAUUAAUUGGCUUGAAAGCAGAUUUAUCUAAGCCUGCGGAAACACCCGAGAUCCUAGCUAACAAACACAAGAAAAGUAACAAAGAUGUAGAGGAAGAAAGCGAUACUUGCUCUUCUUCUGAGGGUAGCGAUAAUUCCGAUAGUGAAAACGAGAGCGAGAAUAAAAGCAAAUUUGUAAAUUCGGCUAGACCCAGAAACGAAAGCCCGGAUAGUAAAAAAGCGCGUAAAAAGGCGGUCAAAGAACAGCAAGCGGAAAAAAGGAAAACUAAAGUAAAGAAGCACGUAAAGAAACGUAAAAUAAAAGUAUCAAGAGGGGGAAAAUAAAUAAAUUUGUAUAAAAAAGGAUAUGUGGAGAAGAAAGAUUACAAUGUGUAUUUCACAUUUAUAACAAUUUAUGAUAAUGAGUUAAAUGUUGUUUUUACAACAUAACGUAAGCAUAUUUUUUAAAAAAGUAUUAAAAAAAUUGUACGUCAAUUUAAAGGAUGUUCAAGUAAAAUUUGACUUGUAUAUAAAAAAUAUAUACGUAACACUUCAGCAACAUAA